AUGUUUGUGGGUGAAGAGAGCGCUUCUUUUCUGAGUGUGAGCAGGAACAAAAAUAUAUACUCCAUUAGCAUUGCUGUUAAUCUUAAAGAUCAUAAAGGCACCAAACUUGUAACUGAGCUUGCCAAAAUCUGUGAUGUUCUGGUGGAGAACUGCUGGACCAGGAAGCUGAACGUGAUGAGACUUGGGUACGAGGAGUUGAGUAAAGUGGCCCCUCAGCUCAUCUAUUGCUCUGUAACAGGUGAACACAUACUGUAUUCACAACAUGCAAAGACUUCCCACAAGCCUGGAUAUGACUCCAUUGCGUCUGCGGUGUCUGGUUUGGUGCACAUCACUGGUCCUGAGGAUGGAGACCCAGUCAGACCAGGUGUUGCAAUGACAGAUCAAGCCACUGGUUUAUUCACUCAUUUACUUCAUUUGUGUUUGGUUGCUUGUCUAACUCACAUCGCUGCCAACUACCUCAACUCUGGUAUCGAAGCCAGACGAUGGGGAACUUCCCACGGGUGCAUUGUCCCUUAUCAGUUCAUCCAGCUCCUGUGGGAAUGGACGCUAUCGUACAGACCUGGACGAGGCUUCAUCGGCCUCCAGUACAGUCCCGUGUUUCCCCCUGGGACUGGGUUGUGGUUUAAGGGCUCUUUAUAA